UACCUGUUUUCUUUUUUUGCCACCUUCCCUGAUUUGAAGACUUCACUUUUGAUGAUCAUCAUGAAUUACACAUUGAAAUAUAAAGCUGGUGAAGGCAGAUGAAAGAUUCUUAAAGAUGAAAAGAGAAAUUCCUGGUGUUAAGUUCUGGUCGAAGAGCUUUCAAUACGUCCACCUUUUUUCUUGACACCUUGGAAGACAAAAUAACUCGGCACCAGCUAUUACGGGAACGUCAGCCAAGUCUAUUUGAAAGAUAAAAAACGCCUUCACUUUGCUCGUCGUUAGAUUCAAUUAACCCAUGGAAGCGUCCGUCUGGAAAAUGCUAGGUGUAUUUGUAGUUCUUCUCGGUUCUGCGGUCUUCACAGCAUGUGCGGCCGAGUCAAAAGGACAGAAAGCACAUUUUCAAGUCGAGGACAAGUCAGGGGAGCUGAAAAUCUCGGCGACUAAAGAUAUGGCCAAGGUGACAGCUCAGGCCGAUUCUGUCCAAGUUGUUGUGAAACCAGGAAUGGCAGAUUAUCCAGUGAUGAAGUCAGAAAAGCCAAUUGUCCAUGUUGUAGAUGGAUGGAAUACACUGGCAUUCAGGAAGUCUGGAGUUGUGACAACGAAAACUGCCCAAAAGACGAAAAGUAAAAUCAAGAAACAUGACAGGCACGUAUUUAUCAAGCUGACCAAGAUUUCUGAAUCUAAAUUGAUAAAGGUAAAUAGUCUAGCAGCAAGACCUGCAAGAAAAUUUAAUUCUAUUUUGUCAAGAACUUCAUCAAAGCGUGCACCACUGCUCAGAAAAGCGUACGGAGUAAAGUCAAAAGAUCUUCCUGGGAGCAAGAAAUCUGAGUUUGGCGAGAAUGAAUCCGGAUUUCGAGUGAAUGGCAACGCUGGGAAAAUCAAAAUGAACGUGACAAAGAAUGGUACGAUGCUAACAAGUGAGUCGGGAACGAUCGAUGUGCUGCUAAAAACGCCACAGCGACCACGGCAAGCUUCCAGUCAGAGGGAUUUAGUAAACCUUAGAACUGCACCUGAACCUGUACAUAUGGCACCAGAGCUAGAAGAAAGCUGGGAGAAUAUCGGUCUUCGUAAAUCAACCUUACCUUCGACCUAAGGGAAAGGUGGUUACCCUCCUCCAAAAAUGCGGCCAAUUAAGACCCUCCCCAAAAACAAAAAACGCUAAAACGUAUUGAUUACUUUAUUGAAACUAUACUCUAGUCUUGAGAUACUCUACGCACAAACGGCACGUUCUUCCAGUAGCACUAGGAGCCAAAUCUGUAAUCCUAUCCGUAUAGAGCCUACAUAUGUAAUAAAUCCACAAUUGUAAUAAACCUACAAUCGUU